ACUAGACCAAUGUAACAGUGGGGGGUACUUUGUAAACCCUGAAAAAGAAAUGCCUCGUGUAGCUGCUUUUGUGGUUGCUGCUGCUGUUGCUGCGCUGAGAGUUGCAGCCCCUUCCUAAUCCCGCGAUCCAGGGCUGUGCUUAGUUCAGAUCGCUGUGCAGCCAGGGAGGCAGGGCUGUGUGUGCAGGAGAAGAGAGCAGAGGGUGGCACAGGCAGACUUUCACUCAGUCUCCUCGCCUCACACAAGAGCGCAGACGACCAAUACGCUGUCACUGGCAGUCACUCGCCUGGGCUUGCAUUGCUCGCUACUACACCGCUCAGCCAGACUCAUGAUUUACUCUGUGGGAUACUACCAGCACUUCACUGAAUGGUCCCUUCGGAUGCUGCUGGCUGCUCGGGCGCUGCGAGAUCACAGAGACUUCGUCCCAGGCUUUUAACGAAUCUCCUGAGCGACCCUUUAGCCCUUGGCUCGGCGGAAUCACUUCGCCACAUCGCACGGGAUUUUUCCGCCCUUAAAGGAUUACUGAAGUAGCAGACACAAGUCAUUGGUGGUUGGUUGCUAGGCUUAGGUUGGCAUGAAUUCCCCUUGACUUCUUUACAGGGAAUAAACGCACUUCAGAGUGUUUGUGUAACUAUUGGCAGCAUAUUGCACUGCUGAGGAAAGUGGAGUUGUUUUUUGUACUGAGCCAGAAUUUGUGCCUUCCAGUCUGAUGGGGAAGGGCAUGGAAACUGCCAGUUGCGGAGUGGGACUGGGGUGCAUCCUGCAGUUGUUCUUUCUACCUGCCCUGGCCAUACUGAGCGCCGGCAGCACCUUGGCAGCUCAAGAUGAUGAUUUUUUUCAUGAACUCCCAGAAACCUUUCCAUCCGACCCACCAGAGCCAUUGCCCCAUUUCCUCAUUGAGCCAGAAGAAGCUUACAUUGUGAAGAACAAGCCAGUCAAUUUAUACUGUAAGGCCAGCCCCGCAACACAAAUCUACUUCAAGUGCAACAGUGAAUGGGUCCACCAGAAAGACCACGUGGUGAAUGAAAAAGUAGAUGAAACUUCAGGUCUGAUUGUUCGAGAAGUGAGCAUAGAAAUAUCCCGGCAGCAAGUCGAGGAGCUCUUUGGUCUGGAAGACUAUUGGUGCCAGUGUGUAGCCUGGAGCUCUGCAGGUACCACCAAAAGCAGGAAGGCAUAUGUGCGGAUAGCAUAUUUAAGGAAGACUUUUGAACAAGAACCACUUGGGAAGGAAGUGUCUUUGGAACAAGAAGUUUUGUUGCAAUGUCGCCCUCCUGAAGGAAUACCUGGGGCUGAGGUUGAGUGGCUGAAAAAUGAGGAUGUGAUUGAUCCCGUAGAGGAUCGGAAUUUUUAUAUCACCAUUGAUCAUAAUCUCAUUAUUAAACAAGCAAGACUUUCAGACACAGCUAACUAUACCUGUGUGGCCAAAAACAUUGUAGGCAAAAGACGAAGCACCACUGCAACAGUAAUUGUGUAUGUAAAUGGAGGUUGGUCCACCUGGACAGAGUGGUCUGCAUGCUCUAAUCGUUGUGGAAAAGGAUAUCAGAAGCGCACCAGGACCUGUACCAAUCCCGCACCUCUUAAUGGAGGAUACAUCUGUGAAGGGCAAGGUGUUCAGAAAAUGGCUUGCACCUCUCUUUGUCCAGAGGAUGGUGAAUGGACAGCGUGGAGUAAGUGGUCUACAUGUGGGACAGAAUGCACGCAUUGGCGACGCAGAGACUGUACAAAUCCUCCGCCGAGAAAUGGAGGGAAAGAUUGUGAUGGCCCAGUUCUGCAGUCCAAGAACUGUACAGAUGGAUUAUGCAUGCAAGGUUUGAUUUACCCCCAUUCACCCAGAAUCCAUGAGCAGAAAACACAAAAAGAAUAUGAAUAUUCCUCUGCUCCAAGCUCGGACAAUGUGGCACUGUACGUUGGCAUAGUGAUUGCUGUGAUUGUGUGCCUAGCCAUAUCCGUUAUUGUGGCACUAUUUGUCUAUCGCAAGAAUCAUCGGGGCUUUGAAUCUGACAUCAUUGACACUUCUGCACUAAAUGGUGGAUUUCAAGCUGUCAACAUCAAAGCAGCCAGACAAGAUCUCCUGGGAGUUCCUCCUGAUCUAACAUCUGCAGCAGCCAUGUACAGAGGGCCCGUCUAUGCCCUUCAUGAUGUCUCAGAUAAGAUUCCAAUGACUAAUUCCCCUCUUUUGGACCCUCUCCCUAAUUUGAAAAUUAAAGUGUACAAUUCCUCAGGUACAGUUACUCCUCAAGAUGAUCUGUCUGACUAUACAUCAAAGCUUUCCUCACAAAUCACUCAAUCCUUGCUGGAGAAUGAUACUCUAAACAUGAAGAACCAAAGCCUAGCAAGACAGACAGAUCCAUCAUGCACUGCUUUUGGAACCUUCAAUUCACUUGGAGGCCACUUAAUUAUUCCUAAUUCAGGAGUGAGUUUGCUGAUUCCUGCCGGGGCUGUUCCUCAGGGAAGAGUGUAUGAAAUGUAUGUGACUGUUCACAGAAAAGAGAACAUGAGGCCACCAAUAGAAGACAGCCAAACACUGCUAACGCCAGUAGUGAGUUGUGGGCCACCUGGAGCACUGAUGACCCGUCCUGUUAUUCUCACUAUGCACCACUGUGCUGAAACAAAUGCAGAGGACUGGAAAAUGCAGCUUAAAGAGCAGUCUGUGCAGGGACAGUGGGAGGAUGUUGUGUUUGUUGGAGAAGAAAAUUUCACCACUCCCUGUUACAUCCAGAUGGAAUCAGAAGCCUGUCAUAUACUCACAGAAACGCUAAGCACCUAUGCACUAGUUGGACAGUCGACCAGCAAAUCGUCAGCAAAGAGGCUGCAGUUAGCAUUGUUCGGGCCAACGUCCUGCACCUCUCUAGAAUAUGACAUUCGAGUUUAUUGUUUGGAUGAUACUCAGGAUGCACUUAAGGAAGUGAUACAACAGGAAAGGAAGGUCGGAGGGCAGUUGCUGGAUGAACCAAAAACUCUUCACUUCAAAGGGAGCACUCAUAACCUGCGCCUUUCCAUCCAUGAUGUUCCACAUUCCCUAUGGAAAAGCAAAUUAUUAGCUAAAUAUCAGGAAAUUCCUUUCUAUCACAUCUGGAGCGGAUGCCAAAGGAACCUUCACUGCACCUUCACUCUGGAACGCUUCAGCCUGAGCACGGUAGAGUUAGUGUGCAAGCUCUGCGUCAGGCAAGUGGAAGGGGAAGGACAGAUCUUUCAGCUUAAUUGCACAGCCUCAGAGGAAUCUAGCAGCAUUAUUGAUUUGCCACUCAUGGAUUCAGCAAGUACCAUUACUACAAUUGUAGGACCAAGUGCUUUCAGCAUUCCUCUAACAAUACGGCAGAAACUUUGCAGCAGCCUGGAUGCCCCUCAGACCCGCGGACAUGACUGGAGAAUGCUUGCCCAUAAACUCAAGUUAGACAGGUACCUUAAUUACUUUGCUACCAAACCCAGCCCCACGGGGGUUAUUUUAGAUCUCUGGGAAGCCCAGAACUAUCCAGAUGGAAACCUCAGCACUCUGGCUGCAGUCCUGGAAGAGAUGGGUCGACACGAGACCGUGGUUUCAUUAGCAGCCGAAGGAAAAUAUUGAUCACCGCUUGCAAGAACAAAUGGCAGUUGGGAGCUCCUCACACCUUUGCAGAGUUUCACAGCUAAACAGGACAUGAAGAAAAGUAUUCUGACCAAUGAGUUUUACCUAUUCUAUUUAAAAUGACUUUGCUAUAAACCUUUCUUGUACAUUAACUCAGAAAUGGGAAGGAAAAACAAACAAACAUGCAACGCUGUAUCUUGAAUAUUAUUAACCAGCCUGCAGUGUGUCUAUACACGGCUUGGUACAGGAUUUUACAGUUUCCUAGGAAACGCAUUUUAUUGCUAUCCAGGUACAUGGAUAAACUUUUCUUUACAAUCCCAGUUCCAAUGGACUUUGUUUACAUCCAGUGAUGGACAGGGGGUUAUCAACACUGUUCCAUGACUAUUUGUAUUGUGUGUAAGCCAUGAGAAUUUGUGUGCCCCCUGCUCAGUGCAGGGAUCACCCAGACUCAAAUUAUUCCCUGGUCUGGAUUUUCUGUUUCCAGAUCUUUUUGUUCAUACAAAGUUGCAUCUCUGGAAACUGAACAACUCAGCGAUCUGCCAAUUCUGACUAUCCAGCUGAUGCUGGACUACAACUCUCAGCAACCCUUAACAGCCAUCCGUAGUUGAUGGUUUUCUGUGAGUCGUAGUUCAGCAACAGCUAAAUCCAGAUUGAUCAUAUACCUGGAAUAUUUUUACGUGCUCAGCAGAAAAGCAUUCCUCUGCCAACGUCCCUGGCAAGUCAAAGACUUUAUUUUUUUAAAUGAUUUUGCAAAGGAGGUGCGAGUGGGAGAAAUCAGAUAUAGCUUGAGUUCUGAGAACAUAUCAGUGUUACAUAUGGGUUUAGAAUAGCCAUUUGGAGAGCAGUUCUUCUUUAUCUCCUUUUCUUAUAAUGGGAUUAGUAUUUAACAUCUAUACUGUGUAUCCAAGUAAACAUAUUUCUCUUAUCAAAUGCCAUUCCACCGAAUUUGUUCUAUAUUAGUAAACUUUCACACCAAUAUGAGUUCUUUGCAUAACAACAAGAGGCGGUUAUAAUAAUAAUAAUAAUAAGUGUUUAUUUCUAGUACUAGGGGAUUCAGUCUCUGUGCAAGAAAAACAGUAGCCAUGUGCAGUAUUAUGAUAUAGGGCAAUCCUGUGCAGAUGUUUCUCAUAUAGUGGGUUUAUUGUCUAACAUACUGCAAUUAUAUAGGGUUUAUCCCCCCUAAACAACUAACAAUCAGCAUGGAAUCCUGUAUCACAGCUUCCAAGCCAACACAGACCCCUCAACAAUCUUCUUAGAGAGCUCUAUGAUAUCCCCAUUUUAGAAACAAAUGCUAUUUUUCAAUUAUCAAUCAAACAAUUAUUAAUAUGGAAAAUAAAGCCUGUUUUCAUGCAUAUACAUCUACGUGGAGCCUUGAUUCUCAGGGGGCAAUCACAGAUUUCAUGCACAAAUGUAUCUCUCUGAUUCAAGCAAUCGAGCGCCCACAGAAAAAAAUCAUGGCUCAAAAAUUCAAUUCAGAUCCAAAUUUAUCCACUUGGUAGGGGGGAUCUAUAUGAUUUUAUAGGAAUUUAGAUGUAUUUUUACUAUUUGAUAUCGCUAGAAGAGAUACGUUGGUGACUCUUUUUCAUUAGUAAAAAAAAUAUACUAUUUACUAUAAACAAUAUUUAUCAUCCAUUUUGUUUCUAUAAACAGACAUUA